AUGAGCGCGUUUGGCAUAACAAUCCGAUCAGCUGACCUCUACAAAUCUCUUCCUGAGCUUGCCGUUCAGCUCGAGCUCGAAGUUGCACAUGUCGAAGAGGACCGCACAACCCUCCCUUUCAAGGCACACCUCAAGGCACUGGCAGAAGCCAACGGCUGCACUACCCAGGACUCUGCCGCCUGUCUCGAUCAGUACUACGGGUACAGCAACACGAAGAAAGUGUGGGUCGCGAUCAAGAAGGCCGGCAAGUCGAGGAAGGAGGUCGACUUGUACGCCCCACUCGUCGCCGCAAUGACCGCCAUCAUGGAGCGUUUCGAUAACUUGAAGAAAGCGACGGCGUCCGGAGAUAUUGAACGUCGCGCCGUCAGGUCGUGCAACGUGGAGAUGCCGCACAACGCGAACGACGCAACGAAUGUCAAGGGUCUGCGAUCCGAGCCGGGCAUCACGAUUCUCGGCGUCGGCCCGUCAGCGACCAAAGACCGUGCGAUCGCACCGCAGCCUAAGUACUCGCAGGUCGUCAGUCUGUGUGAGGUCAAGGUGGCCCCGACGUUUCUCGACGAGCAGCAGCAGCAGAUCGCGGUGUAUGCGAGGGAGACGUUCAUUAAACAGCCGCACCGGCGACUCGUUUACGCGACGCUCAUCACUGGCGACACCGUCCGUGUGUGCCGGUACGACCGAUCGGGCUGCUACUACUCCCAGGAGAUCGACUACCACGAGGACGCGGUGUUCUUCGUCCAGCUCGUGUUUCUGCUCACCUCCACCGACGAGGAACUUGUGGGCUUCGACACGUCGAUCUUCUGGAGGGACGGCAAGCGAUUCUUGAGCUUUGUGCCGGAGGAGACGUGGGAUUUCACCGAGCGCAAAUGGAGACCCAAUAAAGAGAGUGCCACGAUCACGUUCGCUCUGGAGGACGAUCCGGUGUUCUCGAGGCGCACGAUCCGAUCGCGGGGGACUGUGUGCUGGGUGGGCACGCACGACGGCGAAGAGUAUCUCAUCAAGGACUACUGGCGUGCCGAGGGUCGGACGAGCGAAUCGAUCUUCCUUUAUGACCUAGCAGGAAUCGAGGGCGUUGCACAGAUGUUCGCUUGGCAACGAGAUAUUAAGGCGACCCACACCGGCCGCGGUGGUGUCGCGGUGACUCUGCGGUAUGCUGGCACACUCGAGACGACGGCAUCGCUCCGGGAGUUUCUUGGGACGCGCUCGAUUGUGCGAGGACACAAGGCAGCGCUCGUCGAAAAAGGCAUUCUGCACCGAGAUAUCAACUUUGCGAAUCUGCUCUUGUCGGGACGGCCAGGGGCCCAUUCCGUGACCAUCGACUGGGACAUGGCGGUCUAUAUCAAAGACAUGCAGUGUCGUGUUGUGACGGAAGAAGAUGCUCGCACAGGUACCACCGCAUAUCAAUCCGUCAAAGUGCUGAGCAUGGUCGAUAAGAUCCAGACCUCAAGACCAACCCCAUCAUCAGGACGGCGUGGACGAUCUCGCAUCGCUCCUGACUGCUUCCAGCAUUGGGACUAUUACAACGCUAAUUCCGCUUUCUCUAAGAUCAAAUUCGUGAUCAAGACCUACCUCUGGCCUACGAUCCUCCGAUGGCCUGGUUUCGAGGAGGAAGCAGAUGCCGUUCUGAAGGCACUGGCCCAGUUUUUUUGUACGGCGUGUAUUGACUGUCGAAGUCGUCUCUGCUAUGAGAGCCAAAGCUGUCCUGUUACCCACAUUUCGGCGCAGCAAGCGGUGAAAGAGUACGACCAAAUCAUUGCUAUUCUCACUGAAGGCAUUGACAACCUCCCCGAAUCGGUGGAGUCCACCAUUCCACCAGGUACUCCUCGUUUGGUCAAGCGAGGACGCCCAAUUGAAGACCAAGACGAAGGCAAACUGGAUGACGACUCUCCUGGCCCUCCUCAGCGAACUGCUUCUUGGCUGGUCCAGCCAUGCGAUCCGAAAAACACUGUCCCAAUCUGA